AUGCCGAAGGCGAAAGGGAAAGGCAGGCGGCAGAAAUACUCCUACAACCUCAACCGCAAGCGGCUGUACCGCAGUGCCCGCCGCCGUGCUGCCCCUCGCAUCGCCUGCUCGCACAUCCGUCAUGCCUGGGACCCGACCAAAUCGGUGGCUCAGAACCUGGCCGACAUGGGCCUGGCCGAGGAUCCCAACAAGGCCGUCCCCAUCCCUAAGAAACAGCUGCUAGGCAUGGAAGUGGAAAGCGAUGGACUGGAGCAAGGAAAGAAAAUAGUGCGGAAGCCCUAUGUAGUGAACGAGAUGGAAUAUGAGGCCAGUCUCCCUGAGAAGAAGUCAAACACCCUUUCACGAGAUCUCAUUGACUAUGUGCGGUACAUGAUACAGAACCAUGGGGAGAACUACAAGGAAAUGGCUCGAGAUGAGAAGAACUACUACCAGGAUACCCCCAAGCAGAUUAAGAGAAAAAUCAACGUAUACAAGAAUUUCUAUCCUGAAGAAUAUAAGGAUUUCAUUGCAUCACUCAAGCCAGAAAAGAUGGAUGUGCAGUAACUGCCCCCUUUUCUCAGAUUUGCCUCUAAGUGCAGGCUUGAUGUGACCAUUUCCUGAACCAAGUGGGGACUGACAAGCUGGUGACAGUCACUCUCAGGCUCAGUGUCUGCAAGUUGAGCUAUGCAAAUGCUCUGUUGUUGGAGGAAGGACCUCCAUGAAUCAGAGACAAUUAUAACCAGGCAUGAAACUCUUGGCUGUGGCUUGUAGCAUUGGGA